AUGAGGAGAGCCACUGUCGUAGUGACGCGCAGCCGCACCUUGGGGACGUCUGCCACCAGCUUCAGUGCGGGCUGGGGCCGGCUGCCCAGAGCCACCAGCAGCACCGCCGCGCCCCUCGUGCCCCUCCGCCUCCAGCCCUCCUCCGCCGCACAGCACGUGCGCCGGUGGAGCGGUGGUGUCCUGAGCUCCGCCGCCGAGGGCUCGACGACCGGACGCGCGCGUUCGUGGGUCGUCGCGUGCGGCGUCAACAUCGCGCGCGGGGUGGUGGGCGUGACCGCCUUCGCCUCCACUCCCAGAUCGCCCUCGUCGCUCGUCGUCCGCGACGGCUUCGUGUGCACGCCCGAUGGCAAGCACGCCUAUCUCGACCAGACCAAGCCGGUCGUCGUGCGCCGACCGACGCUGUGGCAGCGGGCUCGCUAUGUGGUGGCCAAGGUGAUGGCCGCCGUGCUCUCCGCCAUCGGCGCUCUGUACCCCGCGUCGUGGCUCUUCUUUGUUCAGUACAAGGAGGUCGACAUCUUUACCGACUCCUGGGACUGGCUCAACGCGACCCCGGCCCUCAUCGCCGGCCCGCUGGUGCUAUUCGUCGCCGCAGCCUACAUGUGGUACCGCGGUUGCGGCACCUACUUCACCGUCCCCGAGCUGGCCACCUUUAGGUUUAUCCCAGCGCCUGCCGGCCCGCUCGAUCAACACGUAGACGGACAGGCCAUGAUGGACGCGUUGCUGGGACAGGCAUUGAUGGAUGCCUUCUUCAGCGCAGCGUCGCCCGAAGAGCGGCGAAUGCGGCAGCCGCGCGAGCAGACAUGCUUCCUCGGAUCGUCGUGUCCGGCGCUGAAGGUCGGCUGGAUGAGCGGUGCCAGCUCCAGGUCCGUCGCGAGAACACUUGCCACCUGCACGAUGUUCCACUUCGCCUGUGACACAAAGAACGGCUCCCCGACUCGCGACCGCAUCAGCCCCCUCCGCACGGAUGGCGACGCGUACGCGAUGAUGGGCGUGUCCAGGUCGUCCAGCGUCUCGGCCUCUGCCAUUCGCAUGACCACGAACGGCCGCCUGAUGAUGACCACCAGCCAUGCCGUUCCAAUGUCAGUCCCAACCACCACUUUCGUGCCCGCCGUGGCGGACUGGAAGGGGUGA